CUUGGCCGCUCCACUCUGGUCCCCGGUCACCAACAAGGACCCGGGUCUGCCCUGGGCCUAGGCGUUUGUGGUUCUCUCCCUGCAGGACGUGCAACCAAGGCCAGGGCGGCACUGGACAUCAUGCACCAGGUUCGCGUGGACCCCUGGGGGUCCUUCCUGUCCUGUGAGCUGUGGCCCCGCACGCUGCGCAAGCGGGAAGUGUCUGUGCUCCCAGACGCGCCCUCCUUCUACCAGCUGCAAUACUGCGGCUGAGAGCUGCGCUUCAACCUGACCUCCAAUCAACACCUGCUGGCGCCCGGCUUUGUGAGUGAGACACUGAGGCUUGGCGGCCUGGGUCGCGGGCACAUCUGGGCCCACACCCCCGCCUGCCAUCUGCUUGGGGAGGUGCAGGACCCGGAGCUCGAGGGUGGCCUGGCGGCCACCAGCGCCUGCAACAGCCUGUUGAGUGCACUGGGACAUGUAUACUCGGGGCAGUCUCGGGUGGUGGGAUGUGGAGAUUGGCUCCAGCCUGGCCACGCACUUGUCUGGUGGCUUUGCCCAGUGCACUUUUCCUCUGCCAGCCUCGGUAUUCACGCCUGUAAAAUGGGAGCGACAAUGCAGGCCUCGUUGAUCUCUAGGACAGCAGUUCUCAAAGGCCUAAUGACAGGGCAGCCCAAAUACAAGCUGCACAACAUCUGGACCUUUGAAGGCCCAUCUGCCCUGCACAGCUCCCUGGUCCUGUGUGACCCAAGUAGCAGAAUUAGUGCCUACGAGGGGAAGUCCGAGGCACCCCCUCGCCGCUGCCCUGGCCCGGCCCGGCCCAGCCACGCCCAGCCCGUGUGGUGUACAAGCAUCAGGCCCCGGAGAGGCUGGCACAGUGGGGAGAUUCCAGUGCUCCAAGCACCUGUGGGGUGCAAGGUGGCUGGCCUGUUUCAUGACCCCAGCAUUGGGAACCACAUCCACAUCACCACUGUGCGCCUGGUCCUUCUGGAAAAUGAAGAGGAGGACCUAAAGACCACACACCAUGCAGACAACACCCUGAAGAGCUUCUGCGAGUGGCAGAAAAGCAUCAACAUGAAGAGGGAUGCCCACCCCCUGUACCAUGACACCGCCAUCCUGCUCAGCAGGAAGGACCUGUGUGCAGCCAUGAACCGGCCCUGUGAGACCCUGGGCCUGUCCCACGUGGCAGGCAUAUGCCUGCCGCACUGCAGCUGCAGCAUCAACGAGGACACAGGCCUGCCACUGGGCUUCACUGUAGCCCACGAGCUUGGGCACAGUUUUGGCAUUCAGCAUGAUGGAAGCGGCAAUGACUGUGAACCCGUUGGGAAACGGCCUUUCAUCAUAUCUCCACAGCUCCUGUAUGACGCCCCUCCCCCGACCUGGUCCCACUGUAGCCGCCAGUAUACCUUGAGGACACUUGACCGUGGGUAGGGCCUGUGCCUAGACGACCCUCCUGCCAAGGACAUCAUCGACUUCCCCUCAGUGCUGCCUGACGUCCUCUAUGAUGUGAGCCACCAGUGCCGCCUCCAGUAUGGGGCCUACUCUGCCUUCUGCGAGGACAUGGAUAAUGUCUGCCACACAAUCUGGUGCUCUGUGGGGACCACCUGUCACUCCAAGCUGAAUGCAGCUGUGGACGGCACCCGGUGUGGGGAGAAUAAGUGGUGUCUCAAUGGGGAGUGCGUACCCGUGGGCUUCCGGCCCGAGGCGGUGGAUGGUGGCUGGUCCGGCUGGAGCGCCUGGUCCAUCUGCUCCCGGAGCUGUGGCCUGGGCAUACAGAACGCCGAGCAGCAGUGCACGCAGCCUACCAAAUUGGCUGCUUCGCAGGGGGACCACUUAGGAGUGUCUGCAGAGGGUGGGGGUGGAGCUGAGAAGGCAGAGCCACCUGCAGACAGGGUCCUGCGGCUGGGCCUCAACAGGCAGUAUGGGAGUGAGUGUCCAAGGUGGUGGGCAGGUGAGUGGCAGCUGUGCUCCAGCUCCUGUGGGCCUGGGGACCUCUCCAGCCAGGCCGUGCUCUGCAUCCGCACUGUGGGGCUGGAUGAGCAGAGCGCCCUGGAGCCACCCGCCUGUGAGUGUGGGAUAGGAGGGGGCCCGCCUCCAGCUCCACCCUUGGUCUUUGGCUACAGGGCAGUCGACAGGUUACCCAGUCAUGCCCCAGCGUCCCCUGGCACCCUGCCUCCCAGCCUAAGCCCCUCACCCUGGCUUCCCCUGCAGUGCUCAGUGACAUGUGGGGAGGGUACUCAGAACCAAAAUGUCCUCGCACCAAUGACACUGGUGUCCUGGUGUCCCUUUGUCGAGGCCCAGCAGCCACCCAGCGAAGUCACCUGCUCUCUGCCACCCUUUCGGUGGCCCCCGGACACACUGGGCCCUGAAGCCUCAGGCAGCGGCUCCUCCAGCCAUGAGCUCUUCAAUGAGGCUAACUUCAUCCUGCGCCACCUGGCCCCAGGCCCUUCACCUGCCUCAUCACUCAAGCCAACCACCAUGGGCAACGCCAUUGAGGAGGAGGCCCUAGAGCUGGACCUGCCAGGGCCCGUGUUUGUGGACGACUUCUACUAUGACUACAAUUUCAUCAACUUCCACAAGGAUCUGUCCUAUGGGCCCUUUGAGGAGCCCGAUCUAGACCUGGAGUGGACAGGGGAUCGGACUCCCUGACCACACAGCCAUCCUGCUGUGCCUUCCAUGUGUAGCCCCGUGCUUACCACAGAGCCUCCUGCAGCCAAGGAGGAGGGGGCACCGGGAUCUUGGUCCCCUAGCCCUUGGCAGCCACCACCACCCUCAGAGCAGACCCCUGGGAACCCUUUGAUCAAUUUCCUGCCUGAGGAAGAAGGUCCCAUAGGGGCCCCAGAUCUUGGGCUCCCCAGCCUGCCCUGGCCCAGGGUUUCCAUUGAUGGCCUGCAGAUGCCUGCCGCCCCUGAGAGCCAAAAUGACUUCCCAGUUAGCAAGGACAGCCCGAGCCAGCUGCCUCCUCCAUGGAGGGACAGGACCAACGAGGUUUUCAAGGAUGAUGAGGAACCUGAGGGCCGCAGAGCACCCCACCUGCCUCCAAGACCCAGCCCCACACUGCCCCCUUUGUUCCUGGUCGGCAGCACCCACUCUUCUCCUAGUCCUGACGUGACAGAGCUGUGGAUAGGAGGGACUGUGGCCUGGGAGCCAGCUCUGGAGGGUGGCCUGGGGCCUGUGGAGAGUGAACUGUGGCCCGGGACCCAGCUCUGGAGGGUGGCCUGGGGCCUGUGGAGAGUGAACUGUAGCCCACUGUUGGGGUGACUCCUCCCCCUCCCUCCCCCCGCCAUAGCCCCUCUGCCAGAGAUGAAGGGCAGGGACAGCCCCCUGGAGCCGAGGACUCCCACCUUCCCAACCCCAGGACCAGGAUCAUGGGACCUGCAGACUGUGGCAGUGUGGGGGACCUUCCUUCCCACAACCCUGACUGGCCUCGGGCACACGCCUGAGCCUGCCCUGAACCCAGGACCCAAGGGCCAGCCUGAGUCCCUCAGCCCUGAGGUGCCCCUGAGCUCUAGGCUACUGUCCACGCCCGCUUGGGACAGCCCCGCCAACAGCCACAGAACCCCUGAGACCCAGCCGCUGGCUCCCAGCCUGGCUGAAGCCGUCUCCCCCACGGACCCAUUGGCUGUCAGGAACGCUAGCUGGCAAGCAGGAAACUGGAGCCAGGCAAUGUCCACCACCUGCGGCCUGGGUGCCAUCUGGAGGCUGGUGCGCUGUAGCUCUGGCCCGAAUGAGGACUGUGCCCCCGCUGGCCAGCCCCAGCCUGCCUGUCACUGCCACCUGCAGCCCUGUGCCACCUGGCACUCAGGCAACUGGAGUAAGUGCUCCCGCAGCUGCGGCGGAGGUUCCUCAGUGCGGGAUGUACAGUGUGUGGACACACGGGACCUCCAGCUGCUGCGGCCCUUCCAUUGUCAACCCGGGCCUGCCAAGCCACCUGCGCACAGGCCCUGCGGGGCCCAGCCCUGCCUCAGCUGGUACACCUCUUCCUGGAGGGAGUGCCCUGAGGCCUGUGGUGGUGGUGAGCAGCAGCAUCUGGUGACCUGCCUGGAGCCAGGCCUCUGCAAUGAGGCACUGAGACCCAAUACCACAGGGCCCCGAAAUACCCAACCCUGCACGCAGUGGGUGGUGGGGCCCUGGGGCCGGUGCUCAGCCCCCUGUGGCAGUGGUGUCCAGCGGUGCCUGAUCAAGUGUGUCAACACCCAGACGGGGCUGCCCGAGGAAGACAGCGACCAGUGUGGUCACGAGGCCUGGCCUGAGAGCUCCCAGCCAUGUGGCACCAAGGAUUGUGAGCCUGUCGAGCCUCACUACUGUGAGCGGGACCCGUCUUUCGGGUUCUGUGAGACGCUGUACCUACUGGACGGCUGCCAGCUGUCCACCAUCCACCAGUGCUGCUGCUCAUGCUCUCUGCCCAGCCAUGGUACCCCCUCCUGAGGCCAUCAGUGGGUCACCACCCACCGCUGA